UAUAGAACUUGAGCAACGUCAAUAGAAAGAAGUUAAAACGCAGUCGUGAUUGCAGGUGCAAGCAACGCAAAUCAAUACACUUCCAUGGCCAAGAUGCAGCUCUUUCUUCUUCAGUUGCUGGAAAUAAUAGCGGCAACAGCUUUGGUUGUUCUUGGCCAGUCUUCAUCUGGAGACACAAUGACCCCGAACAGCUCACUUAUUAAUGGCCAGACCUUGAUAUCAGCAGGAGGCAUAUUCCAGCUUGGUUUCUUCAGUCCUGAUAAAGAUUCAGAGAAUGGAUACUUAGGAAUUUGGUACUACAAUCGCCCGCCUGCAGGACAAAGCAUAGUAGCAUGGGUUGCCAAUAGGAACAGGUCUCUGAACAGAGCCUCCUCUUCACUGAACCUAACCUCUGAUGGAAAUCUAAUCAUAUUCGACGGAGAAACACUUGUUUGGUCGACGGGGAUAUCCACAGAAUCUAAUUCUGUGCACUUGCAACUUUUAGACUCAGGUAACCUUUUGUUGACGACUGAAAACUUUAGCAGGACUCUAUGGCAGAGCUUUGACCACCCAAGUGAUACACUUCUCCCUGGCAUGAAGCUUGGAUUUGACCUCCGAAGAAACACUUCCUGGCAGCUCGUCUCAUGGAGGAGCGACGUAGACCCUUCUCUGGGCAACCAUAUCAACAGGAUGGAGACGCAUGGGGUUGCAGAGUUCAUAGCAUGGAACGGAACCACCAAAAUUUAUCGAAGCGGACCAUGGAGCGGACAUGGAUUCGUUGGCCUUCCUCAGAUGAAGAACAGCACCUUGGCAAGGAGCGUAAACUUCACAUUCGUAUCCAACGAAAAUGAGAUCUAUUACACGACUGAAUACAUGGACCGGUCGGUGCUAUCACGGUCAGUGGUGAACACUGAUGGAAACUACGAGCGCUGGAGUUGGGACAACGGAGAAUGGAGACUCUUUUGGUCAUUUCCGGCGGAUGAAUGCGAUCAUUACAAUCUCUGUGGGCGUGGCAGCGUUUGCUCUUGGGGCUACUAUGCUUUCUCCUGCAGCUGCCUGCAAGGCUUUGCGCCGGCUAGUAACGGGUGCGUGAGGGAGAAGCCCCUAAAUUGCUUGUCGGACCAGGUUUGGAAGGUGCAGAACAUCAAGGUGCCUGACGCCGAGAAUGCCACAGCAUACGGCGUGAUCAGUCUGGAUGCAUGCAAGCGCUUGUGUUUGGGUAAUUGCUCCUGCGUGGCGUACGCUGUGCUGGAUGAGCCAAAUGGGUGUGUGACUUGGCAGGGUGACCUAUUGGAUCUGAGAUAUUAUACCGAUGGAGCAAAUGAUCUGUACAUUCGGCUUGCAGAAUCAUCAACAUCAAAGAGUAACAAGCAUGUGUGGGCGAUAACUAUACCAGUGGUGCUUGGAUUUCUGCUACUUUGUUGUACACUUGUUGCCACGAGGAGGAGAAACAGAGCCCAGAAACAAGGAACUCGGAAUCAUAUCGAGCCCUCGGCCAAGGGGACCAGGUUGAAAUUGCAGUUUCCAAAUGCGGAGAACGGUGACUUGCAGAGCCUCCCUGAACUUUCUAAUUCCAUGGCUAAUGAUGAUGUUUCAGAGCCGAUGUCAAACGAGAUUGACUCUGAGCAUUCUGGUAACUGUGAGUAUAGAGAAGUAGUUUCAAUCCUCGCAUUAGGGGUGCUACCUUGCUAUGAUUUAUGUACAAUAAAAGCUGCAACAAAUGACUUCUCUAAUGAAAACAAACUUGGGGAAGGUGGAUUUGGUGUUGUGUACAAGGGAGAGUUGCAAGAUGGACAAAAGAUUGCGGUCAAGAAACUAUCAAGAUACUCUUCACAAGGCCCAAAUGAGUUCCAGAAUGAGCUAUCACUAAUAGCCAAGCUACAACAUAGAAAUCUAGUUCGUCUUCUAGGCUCAUGCAUUGAGGGAGAUGAACGACUCAUCAUCUUGGAGUAUAUGGAAAACAAGAGCUUAGAUCGCUUCAUCUUCGACAAAACAAAGAGUCCAUUGCUAAACUGGCAAAAGCGUCUUGAGAUUAUAAAUGGGAUUGCUCGAGGGCUACUUUAUCUGCAUCAAGAUUCUAUAUUGAGAGUCAUUCAUAGAGAUCUUAAGCUAAGCAAUAUCCUCCUCGACAAGGAUAUGACUCCAAAGAUUUCAGAUUUUGGCAUCGCCAGGAUAUUUGAAGGUGAUGGAGUUUUAGAAAAUGUAACUACAAGACCAGUUGGGACAUUUGGCUAUAUGGCACCAGAAUACUUAACUGAAGGAGUUUUUUCAUUUAAAUCUGAUGUAUUUAGUUUUGGUGUGAUAGUAUUAGAAAUCUUAAGCGGUAAAAGAAACAAAAUAUUCAGUAACACAGAUGCUAGUUUAAAUCUUUUAGGACAUGUAAGUAGAACUUUUUUAUACACGUGCUUUUAUCUCCUUAAGAUAUUGUUUAGAAUUCAAAAUUUGAUCCUUUCUCAUUUGCAGGCAUAUAAACUUUGGAAGCAAGGCAGAUCUUUAGAAAUUCUUGACGAUACACUAGACCACUCAUAUCCUACUGCAGAAAUCCUUCGUUGCAUCCGACUGGGUCUUUUGUGCGUACAAGAUAAUUAUGAAGAUAGACCAACAUUGACAGAGGUGGUGAUGAUGUUGGCAAGUGAGGAUCAACUUUUGACACCACUCAAGCAACCUACGAUAACGUUAGCAAGUAGUGAAGGCGGUGCUACUACUAAAGAAAUUAGUCACUCAAUUACGGGUCGAUAAGCACUUCAAAAGCUCUCAUCAUCUACGUUUACAAAAAUAGACCUAGUUUGUGUACCAUGUUCCUUCAACUUCAACAAAGUGUGUGCGUGGCUGGCUAAUUUGGAGACUGCACACUGGCUGACUAAUUCAACAGCGUGUCAACAUCCAAUUAGAAAAAUAAUGGGAGCGUCUUGGAGUCAUUGGCUCCCUCCCUUCUCCUCGAUCGAUCCUAUGCCGUUAAAUGAAUCCAAAGUUGUUGCUCACAAAUCUAGCAAUAUUAAAUAUUUA